AUGUCUUCAACGCAGUUUACAGCCUUGAUUCGGCUGCCGUUCCUGCGUGGUAGCUUCGUAGAUCCACCACAAGCCCAGUGGGAUGCCGAAAAGGACCGCCAACUAUGGAAGGUCAUCUCGAAGUCAUCUAAAACGAGUGACCUGAAUUGGGUAGAACUGGCAUCCAAAUUCCAGGUCCCUCCAACGUUCCUUCUACAGCAAGCAGCAUGGCUGUACGAACGCCACUUUGAGCACGUCCGGAAUCAGAUGAAGAAGGUCAGCGGCUCCAAUGUAACCGCAGCUGCAUGUGGCGGUGGAAGCACCAUCACCCCUGUUGGUGGUGUCGCGAUGCAAAGAGCUGGCAGCGGCGGUGCUGGACCUCCAAGAACCACUUCUCCAAGAACCACUUCUCCAAGAACCACUUCUCCAAGAACCACUUCUGCUCUAUCUGGCCACCACAGGAACAGUCCCAGCUUCGGUCUGCAAGAGGCUACCGAGCCCGCCCCGGCAUUGACAAGAACGCCAUCUACGACUACCAUCACGCAGUCCCGCGCCCAGGCUCAGCAGCUGCCGACUCGGAAACUGUCUGCGCGCUCAGGACAACGACCAAGUUUUGCGAGACCUGCUAAAGAUGACUGGCCUGUCUCCCCAGGACCUCUCACUCGCGCCGCGCCUCAGGAACCACCGGAUUCUCCAGAGAUCCCAGCCUCGUCAUCAUCGAGCUCGUCUUCACUAUCUGACACUGAUCAUCCAGUCCACCGUAGUCAGUUGUUCAAGAGGCCACCACGCUUCCAGCAGAAACGACCUCGCGAGCUAGCGCCAUUCGCAGAAGGCGACGGCACGCAAGAAGGAGACGAAGCAGGAUCGCAGGGCAACACUUUGCUGCCUUUUGCAUCCACUGCUCGGAGAUCCCCCGGCAUAUUCAGACAGGGCCUACCUAGGCAGGGUGCACGACUCGUAGAUGGACAGGGUGCACGACUCGUAGAUGGACAGAGUGCACGACUCAGGGGCAGCACCGCAGCAAAGCAGAGCAGCCCACAUUCUCAGGUAACGACCGAGACAGCGUCGUCGAUGACCAGCUCUGCUUCAGCUAGUGAUGCGCCUUCUGGUCCCCAAGCCGCCACGAAGAGCCCCGCGAGCCCGAACUUCAACCAUCGUGCUGCCCUGGCAAACCUUGGGAGUCCGAGGGCGCAGGCGCUCAGGCGGAAAGAGGGCAGUGAAGGUGUCCCGAGUAUGGGGAGCAGCUUCAGUGAUAUCGAUGGCACAUUCCGUUCUUCAACCUCAACAAUGGAGCCACCGACUAUUCGCGUCGAAGACACUGACAGCGCAGCACCCGCCCUGACCCUUCACUACGCCCUUGGCCAGAACUCGCUCGACACGGUCGCCGUUGGUGCCUCCAUCUACGGCCUCUCGACCCACUCAGGCCGCGCCCGCAUGGAGCCGGAUAGCACAACCAAAGUAGUUCCCUGCAGCGCCCCCUUCCUCGGUUCCUUCUGGUCCGCCGCCGCCUCCCUCCUCGACUACUUCGCCGACUUCUACGCCACAGAUACGGCGCUGAUGCAGAGCGUGUGGUUCCACCUGCUCGACACGUGGCAAGCCGCCAGCCCCGCCGCGCUGUACAAGCAGGCCUCGGACUCCAGCUUGUCGCACGAGGCGCAGUCGUUCAAGGACGAGUAUCAGGACACACUAGCGCUGUUCCAGCGCGUCGCCGGACAGCCGCAAGGGCAGACCGACUGGCGCGGUGGCACUGCUGUCAAGCACGCCGAGGCGCUCAUCCACCCUCCCAGCGGAACGCUCGAGGCUGAAGCCGGCGCGUACGCAACAGGGCCUUUUGUCAGCGGUCUCAAGCCAUGGCAGCAGUUCCUGAGCGCCGGGACGCCGGGCUUCCGCCCCACGGUGGGGACCGGGGCAGACGACGAAGAGGAAGCCAACGCGGCAGCUGCCACGGCCCACGAUCUGGAUGCGCCGCGCUACAUCCCCCAGCCCGCCAUCGCCCUCAUCGCAGCCCACACGGCGCGGGCGCGCACGCUGCUGCUCCGCCUCUGCGAAUCGCAAGGCCGCGACGCCGCAGGGCACAUGCCGUCGUGGACCGCGACGGCGCCCGCGUUCCCCUCGGUCCCGCACCGCGAGCACACGGCGCGCUCGCCGCUCGCGCCCGGCUCGGCGCUGUCGUACGCGCUGCUCCAGGGCGCGCCGCCGGUGGCGCGGCACGAAGGGCUCGGCGACCCCAGCUUGCUGCUCACGAGGCCGGAUCUGAUGCUCGUCGACGAAGUGGUGGGGAACUGCAGGGGCAGGGAGGCCUAUGUGCCGAUGACGGGG